UUGUCUGAAGGUAUUUUUAAUGACACUAGGCUUUGCACAACUGUGAAGUGGCUUUAUCUCCAUUUCGAGAAGGGAAUCUCACAGAUGUCGCAGCACAAAAUUCCCAAAGAGAGCGUAUCACUCCUGAGGCACAAAAAUGCAUCGACGAGUUACGCAAUGAUUUUGAGGCCAAAAUGGCUGAUGACCUGCAUGUUGCUGAGAUAUUGAAUGGAGCUCUAAAGGGAUCCCUAACAUUCAUUAACAGUUCUUUGGGUUCGCUCAAGAAAAAGCAAAAGCAGCAGAAAAAACAACCAUCACCCAUUCAGUCUCUUAUUGAAGUGGAGAAAGAAGUGAAGAAGAUUUUGGAUGAUCUGGGAUUGUUGUCCCCUAAAACUUGUUCUGAGGUUUUGCAGGAGUUGAAGGAGAAGGCUCUCAUUAGAGCAGGAAUGAAAGAGGAAGAUGUGUUGCUUAUGAUUGAGGAAAGAGCUAAGGCAAGGAAAGAGAGAAAUUUUGAGAGGAGUGAUCAAAUCAGGGAUCAGUUGCAUGCCAAGGGCAUUUAUCCUGAAGAUGAGGGUGCAGUAACGACAUGGUGGCCUUGUGUUCCUCCUGAAGAUCCAAAGAGUGAAGAUCCAAUGUGUACUUCAACUCAUACAGUCCAAAGCGUAUCUUAGACCGGUGCCAUGGAAAAUCACCCACUGCUUUAGGGAAGGAAAUCUGAUUGCUAAUUUCUUGGCAAGGACACUGCGAAAACAAGAAUUUCAUCUGAUACUUCUUUCCCUUUGCAUAUCCGUGAUGAGAUUUCUAUUGAUGCUACCUCUAGAUUGAAAUUUACAUUUCUAUCUAGAUAAUUUUUAGGAAUCAGUUUCUCUAAUGGGGAAGCCGGGACCAAAUUGCGAGGGGGGUUAUUUUUUGGUAGACGGACAAAUUUUUUUUAUUUAUUUUUGAUAGAGAAAGGAAGAAAAUGCAUUGAAGACAAAGUUGUAACAUCAAUGUUCUCAAGCGAGGGUCGGCUGUUAAUUAGUUUUGUCUAACAUGACAAAGAAAGCUAAUUUUUUUUUGUCAGUGGUACAAAUCUUUUGUGUGUCUUAGCCAAAAAUGGCUGUGAACAAAUAUUAUGUACAUCCAAAAAUAAUGGGAUAGCGCUCCAUUUUAGCGGA